GUUCCGCAAGCUGGGCAGCUGCUUCGUGCCCAGGCGGGAACCGUGCGAGGUGUCGCUGAGCAGGCAGAACUCGUCGCCGAGCGACCCACGCAGCCCAGGAGGCGCGCCGGCGGACUGCGGGUCGGCGCGCGCGAGCCGCCUGGAGGACCUCGAGUGCGAGCUG